AUGGAGACGCCGGCACUGGCACCAGCGACCCCCACCAUCCGGCCGCUCUCCUCUUCCCCCCACUCUCCACAACCCGCAAUGGCGCCGGCCCGCAAGCGGAGGUCCGCCGCCGAGCCGCCGCUCGUCGUGACCGAGCGCACGACAAGGGGGCGUCCGCCCAAGGAGGAUGGCGACCCCGAGUUCGUCGGGGACCCCAUCCCCGCCGACGAAGCUCGGGCCAAGUUUCCCCACCACUACCACCGCCAGCGCAGAAAUGGGGAGGAGGAGGAGGAGGAGGUGAAGGCACGCUGCCAUUACCGGGCAGCCAAGGUGGAAGGAAUCGUCUAUAACCUUCGUGACGAUGUGUAUGUAGUGGCAGAGGAAGGAAAGCCCCAUUUCAUUGGUAGAAUCACCGAACUUUUUGAGGGAACAGACCACGUCAAGUACUUCAACUGCCGUUGGUUCUUCCGAUCGGAGGACACGGUGAUCUCGACCGCGAAAUUGGUUGAUGAUCAUAGUCAUGAUCCCAAGCGGGUCUUCCUCUCUGACGAGAGGAACGACAACCCGCUUGACUGUAUUGUGUCCAAGGUUAAAAUACUGCAAGUCGAUCCCAAGCUUGAUCUGGAAGCAAAAGCCCAACUAGCGGCUGACAGCGAUCUGUACUACGACAUGUCGUACACUGUGCCCUACUCUACCUUUGAAAAUAUCACAAAUGAUAUAAAUGAAAUUUCAGGGAUUUCUUCGGAUGCUGAUUCGGAGGUUGACACCUCUGUGGCAACUGCAACGCUACUUGACCUUUAUUCUGGUUGCGGUGGCAUGUCCACUGGAUUGUGCUUGGGCGCUGCACUAGCUGGAUUGAAACUUGAGACGAGGUGGGCUGUUGAUUUUAACAGCUACGCGUGCAAUAGCUUGAAGUCCAACCAUCCCAAGACCGAGGUGCGGAACGAGAAGGCGGAUGAUUUUCUAUCUCUUUUAAAAGAAUGGGCAGUUCUAUGUGACCAAUAUGUCCAUGGUAAUAAUGCUGAGGCACCUCCUCCGAUGGACGAUGAGGAGGAAGAGGGUGAACUCGAAAAGGACGAAUAUGUCGUGCAAAAACUCACUGAUAUCUGCUAUGGUGGCAUUGAUAGGAAAAGUUGCAUUUAUUUCAAAGUGCAAUGGAAGGGAUAUGGUCCCGAAGAGGAUACCUGGGAGCCCAUUAAAAACCUUAGUGACUGCCCUUUAAAAAUAAAGGAGUUUGUUCAAGAAGGCCACAUGCGAAAAGUAUUACCACUGCCUGGUGAUGUAGAUGUCUUGUGUGGGGGGCCACCUUGUCAAGGGAUAAGCGGGUUAAAUCGGUUCAGAAACCGUGACGACCCACUAAAUGAUGAUAAGAAUAGGCAGCUGGUCACUUUUAUGAACAUCGUUUCCUAUUUGCGGCCGAAGUUCGUUUUGAUGGAAAAUGUGGUGGAUAUACUGCAAUUUGCCGAAGGAUAUCUAGGUAGGUAUGCGUUGAGCCGGUUGGUGGCUAUGAACUACCAGUCUCGGCUGGGUAUUAUGUUAGCAGGUUGUUACGGGCUUCCACAGUUCCGCAUGCGCACCUUCCUAUGGGGUGCCCUCACUACAAUGGUGCUCCCAAAACAUCCUCUCCCCACGCAUAAUGUUGUUAUACGAGGCGGGGCGCCGAAUGCAUUCACGCAAAGCGUUGUGGCAUAUGACGAAAUUCAAAAUCCAACCUUGAAGAAUGCCUUGGUCCUUGAAGAUGCGAUCUCAGAUUUACCGAAGGUUGGUAACGAUCAAGCUGAUGACGUACUUGAAUACCUUGUGAAACCAAAGACAGAAUUUCAGCGCUACAUUCGUCUUAGCCGUAAAGAAAUGUUGGACUACUCAUUCGGUGAUAAAACCGGUCCUGGAGAAGGCAAGCUAAUGGAUCACUGUCCUCUGAAGUUGAAUAAAGAUGAUUACGAGCGCGUUAAGCGAAUACCAUUUGAGAAGGGAGCCAACUUCCGUGACCUGGAAGGUGUAAGAGUAGGGCCAAACAACGUCGCUGAGUUUGACCCUGAGAUUCCACGAGUUUACCUUGAGUCUGGCAAUCCAUUGGUCCCUGAAUAUGCAAUCAAGUUCAGGAGUGGCAAAUCUCUCAGGCCGUUUGGACGAUUGUGGUGGGAUGAGACGGUUCCUACAGUGGUAACCAGUGCAAACCCACACAGCCAGAGAAUACUACACCCGGGCCAGGCCCGAGUUCUGACCGUCCGUGAGAAUGCAAGGCUGCAGGGGUUCCCGGAUUAUUAUCGCCUGGAUGGUCCCAUCAAGGAGCGGUACAUGCAAGUCGGCAACGCGGUGGCGGUCCCUGUGGCCCGGGCCUUGGGAUACUCUCUGGGCCUGGCGUACCUGCGCAUACACGACGGCAGCGAUGACCCGAUGCUGGUGCUGCCCGCCAACUUCUUUAGCCCGGGGCAGACCGAGGCCAUCGCGCCCGCAGACGAGGUUGCAGAGGAGUAG